CAGCUCAGAUAAAGUCUAUUGUGCCCCGAAUCAACCGUUAUCGGACUUCGCACAGGCUGUCGACAGCCGGAGUAUAACAGUGUGUUCAUGCACCUGUUUUGCUUUGAAAAUAGAGCAUCAUGAAUGAAACCUCAAGCUCGCAUUCACCCCGGACGCAUCAGGCAUGUGAGCCAUGUCGACGGAAAAAAACAAAAUGUCCUGGAGAACGGCCCAUUUGCUCUUUCUGUUGGCGAUUAAAUCAAUCAUGUAAAUAUGUCCAAAAAGACUCGAGGCACCGCGCCUCUAGAGAAGCCCAAAAUCGCCGUUCUUCCAAAGGGCGGGUCAGAAGAUUAGAGUCUCAAGUUGGGCAGAUACUUGAAACUAUCCAGACACUUACCGACGGGCAAGCGAGAGAAUUGCCACGAUCGCAAACAUAUUGUAGUCAAGACGUUGCACCUGGUCCAAUUAUUGAGACUGAAGGAUUGCUGAAUACUUCAUACUUUGAUACUUCGACUUGCCCACUUCCACCAAAUGAAGUUUUAAUACAUUUUGUUCAAGUUUACAAGACCAAACUACACCUGCAGCCGCUGCAACUUUUCAACAUCAGCACGCUGCCAAAUCAAGUAACGCACUUUCCCGAUUUUCUACUAUAUAGUCUUUUGGCUAUCGGACUUCAUUUUUCCGAUCAUGAGUUUUACAAAGACAAGAGGUCUGCCGCAAUUCAGUUUUAUGUCCGCUCGGCAAGAGACAUUGUGAUUCAAUUGGCUACCGAAGGGAAGUCAAGUCUAGAGCUGUUACAGUCCUUAUGUCUACUAGCUCUUGCUGAUGUUGCCGAUUGUAGGUUAGAAAGAGCAUGGGUGACAAUUGGCAUCGCUUCAAGAUUAGCCAUCUGUCCACGCUCUUUAAAGGCCGAAUUCUCACCGAAUCCUUCCACAGCUAGAGACAACGAGUCCCGAUGUUUCUGGAGUGUCAUGGUACUUGAGCGAACAUUCUGCUCUGGUGCCGCUACGGCCAAUAAUGAAUUGGCUAAGUACUCUUAUCCUUGCAGCAUUCCCAAUCCAAUUAUUGGCACACCAGCACCCACUCCACCAAUUGUGACAAGGGAUUUAGGAAUUAAUGCUUAUUGUAUACAGCUUCUCUCAGUAUGGUGUCAGAUUAUAUCGUACACUAAACAGAUGAAAUGCAGAGGAGCGACUGAUCUUGGUCUGUCUACAUCUACAUAUCAACAACUGAUGGACAAAUUCUAUAAAUUUGAAGCAAGCUUCCCACUGACCCAUGGGUUUAAGCAUACUGCUUUUCACAAGAGGACGUCAACAGAAUUGAGUGACCAUUUUGAAUAUUGGACUGCCUGGUUAUUACUCCAGGUCACUUAUCACACCGCUCAUGCGCUUCUGAACCAUCCGAUUAUAUAUAUUGUGCCGAAACAUCUACAGGGGGCGUUCCAAUCACCAGCAUUUCUACAACAAACCGUUGACCAAGCUCUUCUCCAUUCCGGCUGGGUCGCCUACCUUUUUCGCAUUUGUAACGAUCUUCAAUUUGAAACCAACAAUCCGUUUUUAGGGCAUCUUGCUAGCGUAACCGCGACAGUCCACUGGCUCUUUCAAUUCGCUGGAGAUUUGAAUAUUGUACAGAAGGCAAGAGCAAAUCUUGUUACAUGUCAAGAAUUUUUGGAAAGGAUGUCGGCUCAGUGGCCACACCUGUCUUGUUUAGUACAAAAGCUCAGAAUCUUGCAAGAGAGUGUGCCGGAUGUCGAUACUCUUGUAAACCAGCCGUCUAUUCCGCUGCGCAAACUACCUCUAUACUGGGAAUUACUUGAUCACAGCCUAUCAAUGGUGACACUAGACGACGUUGUGCCUGAUACCGGUUCGACCAGAUCCCGAGUGACGACGGAAUAUUUGGUUUCGCUGAAUGAUAACCCCGUAACCCCGGUCCCGCGGCGAGACUCAGAAUUUGUCGAUUCUACCGUGGAGACUUUGCCGGAGGAUUUGCAUUACGCUCAACUAAGUGAAAACGUUUUUGGUGAAAUGUACCUGUCACAUGCCCCAGGCAUGCAACUUCCCACUUAUUUUAACUUUUUCGGUCACUUAUAGAAGCUGGGUGGAAAAAGAUUUGACAUUUAUUGAAUUAAGGAAAGUAAUUGUCGCUGAGACAUUACAUUGUCAAAAUUUCAGUCUACCUAGUACAGAGAUGCCGAAACAGGACGCUGUUAUUUUGUUUUCAUCUGCCUUGCUAACAACACUACGGAGAGUUUAAAGGCGAGCCUGCUCGUCUCGCCUUAGAACCCGCCGUGG